UUUUUAAGGCAAAUACUUCAGAUUUUACAAUGAUACAUGCCCAUAUAUCACCCAGUUACAUUUUUUUUUUUUUUUUUAUAAGCAGCCAGUCCGGAAGUGGAUUGGGAAAUCCGCUCGAUAGGGGGAUGUCAGUUGAAAAAACACAGAUCUGGCAACCUUAUAUGAUACCCAUAUCUGGCAACCUUAUUGACAACUUGAGCAGUAUAGAGGUGAUGAAUCAAACGUCUUAUAACCGCCAGCAGCACUAACACGACUUCAUCUCUUAUUAUCUGUUGAUGUAACAACACUAUACGGAUGGAAACGGCUACUAACAGCAGGUUGAGCAGCAGCGAUGUCAGGCAGGUAAUAAAAUCUGAUUUAAUCCGCUGAAAAUGAGCGAUAGAGCCGAGAUGAGAGGGCCCGCAGCCCGCCGGAGGAGGACGACCAUCUCCGGGUCUGGAGCUGGAGGAGCCGCGGCGGGUAAACAAGCCAACGGCAGCAAGUGGCAUCAUGAAGCCGGCGGAGACAAACCUCCACAGUAUGCCGCUAAUAGAGGCAACAAAACAGACGAGGUGUCCGGCAGACAUGCGAGUAACAACUGGAAGGUGGACAGAGAGAUGGAGACAUCAGGACAACAGCUCGCAAACAGUCCGAAGAAACACAGACAGAAGAGCGUGGUGGAGGAUUUCAACGACAGACUCAGCUGUCACGUCCUCCAGGAGUCUCUCUUAAGUUCAGCCAGUGGCUUCAGCAACUACAGAGGAAUCCUCAACUGGUGUGUCGUCAUGCUGGUGCUGAGUAAUGCACGCCUCUUCUUAGAGAACAUUAUAAAGUAUGGUAUCCUGGUGGACCCUAUCCAAGUAGUGUCUCUGUUCCUAAAGGACCCGUAUAGCUGGCCAGCAGCUUGCCUCAUCAUUGUGUUGAACGUGUUCAUCUUAGCAGCCUUGUACACAGAGAGGCGUCUGGCUGUGGGUACCAUUUCCCAAACGACGGGAAUGAUUCUUCACUUUUUUAACCUGACAUCCUUGUUGAUCUUCCCUUCAGCCACAGUGCUCACUGUGACCUCCAUGACCCCAGUGGGUGGUGUGCUCUCCCUAGGAAUCUACACAGUGCUGUUUCUCAAGCUGUACUCCUACCAAGACACCAACAGGUGGUGUCGACAAAUCAGACAAUUGAAAGCCAAGAGACUAACACGAUCAUACUCAUGUCCGUCUGUGGCACAACCCAAUGGUUCAGCAGUUCAUCCUCAUGUCUCCUACCCAGGCAACCUCACCCACAGAGACAUGUACUACUUUGUCUUUGCCCCGACUCUCUGCUACCAGCUCAACUUCCCGCGGUCACCUCGAAUACGCAUAAGGUUCCUGAUGAGAAGACUUGUUGAAAUGCUCUUCUUCACGCAGCUGUUGGUGGGAUUGAUACAGCAGUGGAUGGUUCCCACCAUACAGAACUCGAUGAAACCAUUCCAGGAAAUGGACUUUUCUAGGAUGGUGGAGCGCCUCCUUAAGUUAGCUGUCCCUAACCAUCUGAUAUGGUUAAUAUUCUUCUAUUGGUUCUUCCACUCCUCUAUGAACUUUGUGGCAGAGCUGCUGCAGUUUGGAGACAGAGAGUUCUACAAAGACUGGUGGAACUCUGAGACUGUCGUAUAUUUCUGGGCCAACUGGAAUAUCCCAGUUCACAAAUGGUGUCUGAGACACUUCUAUAAGCCAAUGUUGAGGAAUGGGGUCAACAAGUUUCUGGCUCAAACCGCCGUCUUCCUGGUGUCUGCCUUCUUCCACGAGUACCUGGUGAGUGUUCCUCUGAAGAUGUUCAGACUGUGGGCUUUUAUGGGAAUGAUGGCUCAGGUUCCCCUGGCUUGGUUUGUGGGUCGUUUCCUGAAUGGGAACUAUGGCAACGCCGCUGUGUGGAUCUCGCUCAUCAUCGGCCAGCCUGUCGCUGUGUUGAUGUACGUCCAUGACUACUAUGUCAUUCACUAUGGAACCACUACAUAGUACCGGACAAACACACACGCACGUGUUCCCACAGUCACACACAUAAACAUGUACAAGUCAUGUUGUAUAAACACACACACACACACACACCAGCCUGCAGGACAACUCAAUGAGUGAAUGUAGAGCGAGUUAAGGUGACUUUAAUAGAAAGCCCUGCUAAUAUGAACCUGUCAGUGAAAACAGCAACAGCAGGAAAAUCGUUUUUGAUUUUUGCACUACAGAGAAAUGGACCAUAGUAUGUCAGGAAAUGAUUCUAACAACAUGAGAAGUGCUUGCUUUAAAGCAGUAUUCCACUUUAGUAGGACAAACAUACCUUUGACCUUUGUAAUCAGCCUCAUGUAUUAGGAUCCGCAGUCACCACCUGCUCCUAAUAUCUGUAUCUGGCAUUGGACGUUUCAACUUCAGACAAAUGAUCCAAAGUGAAAUAACACUUGGAUCUCUGUUAUUGGAAUUGAUCCUCCACUGUCCGAUUUGUUAGAAGUGUGCUUUUAUCUUAAGCAGAUUUUGCUAAGUAAUAUUGGUGGUUGAUGAUUCAUGAGCUCAAAAAAAGUUUAGGUGCAAUUUCCUGAACUUUUAAAAGCACUUCAGUGCAUUCAAAAGUGGAAACGCUGCUUGUAACCAAGCACUCCUCGAGUUUUGGAAAACCAAAUGUGAACCACUGCCGAGCGAGCACAAGCCAGACGGGGAUCUUGCCAUCCUUGUAUCCAAAGGCAACAGAGAAAUGAUGAAGCCAGAUAAACAGUUUGUGUCUACAAGCUGAGGCUUUAAAAUAGCAAUGUAGGAUGUCUCCAGGUCUUCAAAUUGACCACAGCUUUUUAUAUAAAUUUUUGAUGCAGUGCAGUUGUUGAGUAUUAACGAAAUUUGUAAGAUAAGAAACUGAAGGAUGUGAAGCUAAAAGGUGAAGGAGAAACUGUAAAAGGACGUUUUUGUGACCGUAUUUGUACAGUCGUGGACCUCCAGGCAGCCUCUCCUCUUCUGUCUCUCAACUCUAAACAACAUCAAUGCAAGCUCUUAUUGUAACAGUACAGUACAUGCUACAGGUGUCUUGACUCUAGUGUCUUUUUGUGUUGCAUUUGACUUUAUCAGAUCAGUUUAUUUUAUACUUUGUAUUAUAAAUUAUGUGUGGGUACGCCUGUCUGCAGUUAUGUUGUGCCAAAUUAUAAUUUAUGUUGUGUUUUAUUUUAAAUCUGUGAUUUAAUGCAGUAGUUGAUUUACUGAUUUGAACCAAUGAAUGUGUUUUUGCACUUUAAAGAGAUGCAUGCUGUUGACUAAAGCAAUAGAUUUCUACGAAUGUAUUCUUUAAGUUGUAUCAAUCGUGGAAGGAAAAAUAUGUUUUGUUGAAAAUGAUUUGUAUGUUUUGUAAUUUGCUCGUUGUCGUGUAAGGAUGGUUCAGUUUGUUUCAAAGUAAAACAGCAGCUGCAGUGAUAAUAAUGAGAGUUUCAAACAGACCUUUAAUGCCACAGUUUUUUUCAGAAUUUCUAUUUUUUGGUUUGACCUAAUUUAAAGUUGCCAAUAAGGAUAUUGCCAUAUAAAAGUUAGUUGUUUUAUUUUACUUUUUUUAGGUUUUAAUCUGCUUUCCAAAUAUACAGUGACAGUUGACUUGGAGCCUUUACAUUUAUUUAUUUAUUUUUUAAAGAUUUGUCCUCUUUUCUUCCCUUAUUGACCACAUUCAGGGAAAACGUUGUUGUUAAAUUAUAACACCAGUUAUCAAAAAUACUGUGUUGGCAUUCCUUAUUGAAAUGUAUAAGUGCCUGCUGUAAAAAUAAGUUUAAACAAAAUAUCAAAACAUUAUAUAUACACCAGUUGUUUUGUUUAAAAAAGACACAGAGGCCAAAUACUUCCUAUACUUUGCCAGUCGAUUCAAAAAUGCAUUUAUAUUCAUGGUGUUUUGAAAUAUUUGGGAACUGAAGACUUACUGCCCGUAACCUAACCCUUUAGCAGUAUGACACCUUUCAUUUUUAAAGCAGUCAUUUUUAUGUUUUCGUGAAAACAAGAUGUUAUUUUGGAGAGCCUUAUUCAAUAGUCAUGCAUAAAUCUUAUCACGUUAUUGGUAUUUAAGCGUGCAAACGGCAGCUUUAAUAUCUGUUAGUCUGACACACUUUUAUCAACAAAUGUGACCCAGUUUAAAACUGAGCAGCAUUGACAUUUGUUCGAUCUUUAUAUUUUAAAUAGAAUGAACAUCUGAGGAUUAUUCUGUAAGUAGCACAUGUAGCAACAAUGUUUUGAGCACUAUAUUGACAACUAUCUCAAUGCCAAGAGCUGCUGUCUAGACAGCUUCUUCACAAAAUACAAAAUACAUGUUUCACUGGAUUCUCUGUUUAGUUUGGUGGAAAAACUAAGUAAAGUCACUAAAUUCAGUCGGUAUCAGAAAAUACCGGUGAAAUUCAAUAGUAAACAACUCAAAUAAUCAAAAAGUGCAAAUAGAAAUUUACAACAAAUUAUUAUUUUUCUCAUUUGUAUGAAUCUCCUGUGAAAAAUAUAUUUACUCAAUUGAGUUGUUUACUUUUAAUUCUGCCUUGCUUUGUUAUGUUUUUGUGGGAUUUCUUGAAAAGGAAAAUAUAAAGUGACAGGGUGUUUAACACGAGAAGGGUCGUCACCACAGCUUGAGAUGGGACGAUCAAAAUUAUUCUCCUGGUUCAUUUUUUUGUGUUAUUUUAGCGCUUCCUGUUUCACAUUAUUACUGCACUGUCUGCUCUUGGAAUAUGAGUUGAAGAUGCAGCUUUAAGUUGAACUGUCUUUAGUUGUUUUUGGAUGAUUUUGUGAUGCAACACGUAGUAAAAUGAAUGUAUUACUGAUCUGUUCAUACUGUACACAGAAAUCCAAAGUGAAACAAAGACUAUAUGUUUUGGGAAUGCAAAUCAUUUUCAUAGCCUUUCACUUGAAAUUAUUCGUGUUUGAUAAAGAUUAUUUAUAUUUGAUGAAUGGA